AUUAUUACCGCUCCACCACAGAAGAAGUAGCCCAGUUGCUUCGUGCCUGUGACGAUGGCGGUCGUCUUGAGGGGAAGUUUAGUAACGUUGUUCAAGGCCCUGGUCGGUUCCAGGUGUCCACAGUUGGCCUCUCGUCCACUGAGUGUAUCUGCUGGUCUCUGUAGUCCAGAAACACCACCGGCCCGUGCUGAUGCUACCUUUAAAGUCACAAUGGUGCCAGGGGAUGGAGUAGGACCUGAACUAAUGACUGCUGUAAAGGAAGUUUUUAAGGCAGGUGAUGUCCCAGUGGAAUUUGAGGAAUUCCACAUGAGUGAAGUGCAGAACAUGGCCAGCAAGGAAAAACUGGAACAAGUGUUGACCUCUAUGAAGAGCAACAAAGUUGCCAUUAAAGGAAAGAUUCACACACCCAUGGAAUUCAAAGGCGAGCUGGCUUCAUAUGAGAUGAGAUUAAGGCGCAAGCUGGACCUGUUUGCUAAUGUAGUUCAUGUAAACAGCCUGCCAGGCUACAGCACUCGCCACAACAACCUGGACCUAGUCAUCAUCCGUGAGCAGACUGAGGGGGAGUACAGCUCCCUAGAGCAUGAGAGUGUAACAGGUGUGAUUGAAUGUCUGAAGAUCAUCACCAGAGAGAAGUCACGCCGCAUCGCCAAGUUUGCCUUUGACUAUGCUACCAAGAAAGGGCGAAACAAGGUCACGGCUGUUCACAAAGCUAACAUCAUGAAACUCGGUGAUGGCCUGUUUCUGCAGAGCUGUGCAGAGGUGGCACAGCUGUACCCCAAAAUCAAAUAUGAGAACAUCAUCAUUGAUAACUGUUGUAUGCAGCUGGUGCAAAACCCUUACCAGUUUGACGUGCUGGUGAUGCCUAACCUGUACGGUAACAUUAUUGACAAUCUAGCAGCAGGGUUGGUUGGAGGAGCAGGAGUUGUUCCUGGGGAAAGCUACAGUGCAGAAUAUGCUGUUUUUGAGACUGGUGCACGCCACCCAUUUGCACAAGCUGUUGGAAGGAACAUUGCAAACCCCACAGCCAUGCUGCUCAGUGCUGCUAACAUGCUCAGGCACCUCAAUCUGGAAUACCAUUCUCAAAUGGUGUCAGAUGCUGUCAAGAGGGUCAUAAAACAGGGCAAGGUGCGCACUGCAGAUCUGGGGGGCUAUGCAACAAGCGACGAGUUCACCCGUGCUGUCAUUGCUAACCUGUCGGUCUGAGCUUUAUAUUUGCAGAUCUGUCAGCUGCUGAAUCGCACACAUUUUUAAUUAACUUCCUGUCUUACACGCUUGUACGCACAAUACAGCCCUAUCCCCUACAUUCUACACGCAGUGCCCUUCUUAUCAGAGCAAAAUGCUAAUGAAACACAUUGUCCACAAUGUUUUAUUUUUGCUGUUUUAAAGUUGAUAUUUAAACACUUAACGUUGCAUCCAAUAAAAAAAAAAGUGGAUUGGUAAUAUUUUUUCUUUUUUUUUAAUGGUGCAAAACUUAUAAUGCUGUUACACUAUU